AUGGAUCGCAAGCUUCACAACGAUUCUGAUGGAAUUUUGGGAACUCAUGUUACUUGGGAAGAUAUUGAAAAUGUUCUUAUAGUUAAUUUGGGAACUGAUGCCAAAUUUGGUCUGAACAAAAAAGCGACAAAUAUUGGUGAAAUGAAAGUAGGCUAUUUCUCUUUAAAUUUCAGGAUCAAAACAGAGCUCUGUAAACACAUUUUUCAGGGGUUUAUGUCAAAAAUGAUUCUCAUUGAACCAGAUUGGUGCCCAGAAUCUUCGAAACUUCCUCAAAAAUUUGCACUAAAAAUCAGCUCGAGUCAAUCAAUCAUAAAUUUCUCAAAAUCGAUCAAAACUGAUGAUGAAAAUGGACUAACGCAAGUAAAAAUUAAGCGAUUUGAUGAAUUAUGUCAGCAUUUUCACAACCGAGAAGUAGACGCAUAUCAAUUUUUCACUAAAAAUCAAGACAAGAUUGACUUUCCGAUUUUGAAAAGCUAUGGAUCUCAAAAAUUCUGCCAAGAAAAUUUUCUGAAAGCAUUUUUAAUUUUUGAAUAUGUGGAAAAUUUUAAAAGCUUACACCGUUAUGAAAAUCUGGAAAUAGAACAAAUCCUACCAAUUGUUAAAGGAAUUGCUGAAUUUUCAGCUCUAGCUGAACUUUCACCCAAAAUUGAUCUACAAUUCGCUGGAAAUUGUGAAAUUUUUCAACAAUUGUUAACUGAAUUUGUUGAUCAAAAUUCGUCGUGUCAAUUGUUUCGCGAAAGUUUUCCGGAAAAUAUGAGAAAUCAAGUUGAACAAUUGAUUGAAGUGUAUCAAUUUUUGAUGGCACCAGAGCAGGUUUUCAAAAUAUCAAGAAUUUCAAAGUUUUUUGGUGAGUUCAAAAUAAUAUAUGACAUAACGAAAGUUAAUUUUAUUUCAGGUUACUUUCCUCAACUGGUUCAUGGUGAUUUAUGGCCUGGAAAUUUGCUAUUUUCAAAAACAUCAAUGGAACUACGAGCAAUUAUUGACUUUCAAACAAUCAGUUUUGGUUCUCCUGCUCAAGAUUUGACACGAUUGUUUAUUUCAACCUUAUCAGCAAAAACCCGUCGUGGAUAUAUCGAUUAUCUUUUAGAACAUUACUACAAACAUUUUGUUGCAAAUCUCAAAGAAAUUCCGUAUACUUUGAAGCAGUUAAAAUUGAGCUAUCAAUUGAUGUUCCCAACAAUGGGUUUAAUGCUUUUACCAGGAAUUUUGAGAUUUUCGAGUUUAUCUCCAGAUUUGUCUUUGAAGAAAGCAAUUGAUAUUAUGAACGAUGUUUUGGAAAUUCAUUGUAAAAAUUUGGAUGAAUUCAGGGAAUUUUUCAAUUGA